GUCCUUGUUCUUGAUCUUGUUCGUCUUCCUGGUGAUACUUUUCAACUCCAAUGACAAUUGUCUAUACUAACCAGUUAUACUCCCCACCCCCAUAACUGCAUGAUAUUUGAUUUCCUGGUUUACACAAGGAGAUAUGAGUAACGAGACUACGACCUCCUAAAAAAAAAAAAGAAGAGAGCUCAACUUUAUUCACACGGCAUUGUCAUAGCCGAUCUCCGAGGCCGACAUUCAAUGGCAAACUUCAUAUCCUCCUCCUCCUCCGAGAAGAACCAACCUGCAAGCAUAGCAAUGGUGGACGAAAAAGACCACCAAUACGUCGAGCCGGGGUCGCUCGAAGCAAAUUACCCCCCACGCACCCCAUCCUCCGACGAGGAAUCCUCUCUGGACCUCCACCACGACCAUCACGACCACACCCACAAUGCCCUCACCCAAGUGCCCACCAACGCAAGCGCAAUCGCCCGCACACUCUCCGCCGUACGAACACGCGAGUCCGGAAAAGAUCUCGGCCCCCCACCGGACGGCGGUUUCCAAGCCUGGCUGCAAGUCGCACUCGGCCAUAUGAUCAUCUUCAAUACGUGGGGGUAUAUCAACAGUUUCGGCGUCUUCCAGACAUACUACACCUCGACGCUGGGCCGUUCACCCUCCGAUAUAUCCUGGGUCGGCAGUAUCCAGAUUUUCCUCCUCUUCUUCAUCGGGACGUUCUCGGGACGAGCCACGGACGCGGGAUACUUCCGGUUCACAUUGACGAUCGGAGCGACGCUGGAAGUAUUCUGCAUUUUCAUGACUUCGCUCUGCACGGAGUACUGGCAACUCUUUCUGGCGCAGGGACUGGGCCAGGGAAUCGGGUGUGGACUAAUGUUCUGUCCGACGUUGGCGCUGAUAUCAACAUACUUUGUGAAACGGCGCGGCAUCGCGAUUGGAAUCGUUGCCUCCGGCUCGGCGACGGGUGGCCUCGUCUUUCCCGCCGUCGUGAUGCGCCUGUUACCGCGCGUCGGGUACGGAUGGACCAUGCGCACGCUGGGACUGAUCUCACUCGUCACGCUGAUCCCGUGUCUGAUCUUCUUCAAGCAGCGCCUGCCGCCCCGCAGGAGCGGGCCGUUGCUCGAGCUAGCCGCGUUCAAGGAACUGCCCUACCUGCUGUUCGCAGUGGGCAUGUUCCUGAAUUUCUGGGGCCUUUAUGUCGGGUUUUUCUACGUGGGCAGUUUCAGCCGCAACGUCAUCGGUGUAUCGGAGACCGUCUCGAUCGAUCUGCUCCUCGUCAUGAACGGGGUCGGACUCGUCGGCCGCUUAGUUCCGAACUUGCUGGCGGAUCAGUUCACGGGCCCGCUCAAUCUGCUGAUUCCGUUCAGCGGAGCCACCGCCAUUGUUGCGUACUGCUGGGCGCCCGUCAAGGAUCUGUCUGGUCUGUGGGUGUUUGCUGCACUGUAUGGUCUGUUCGCAGCGGGCAUUCAGUCGUUGUUCCCGGCGACGUUGAGUACGCUGACGACGGAUUUGAAGAAGAUUGGUGUGCGGAUGGGGAUGGUGCUGAGCGUUGUGGCCGUGGCUGCGUUGAUCGGGUCGCCUAUUGCUGGGGCGUUGAUUGAACGGGAUGAUGGGGGGUAUUUAUAUGCGCAGAUGUUUAUGGGGAGUGCGAUUAUUGCGGGCACGUCGACUUUGAUUGCGGCGAGAAUAACUAAAGUUGGUAUGGGGCUUGCCAGGGUGUAGGAGGGGGGAGGAGAGCGGAGGGAGGGAGGAACGGAAAGGAUAUCAUAUCCCGGGCAUGUAUUUUGUAAAUAGUGUCACUGGGGAGUUUAAUGUUAAUGAACGGAUAUACUAUCAUAAAGUGGCUGUAUUUUG